AUGAAGUCACAACUCUCAAAUGUUGAAGUAGAGCCAGUGCCAAUUGAGGAAGAUGAAUUGUUAAAUAGGAAAUUUAUUAGUGCUGAUGCGAAAGAGAAUGUAAUAGACGAAAAUAAAAAUAUUCUUUCAAAGACAUCAACUGCAAGGCUAGAAGAAUUACAAGUCAAGGCAGAUGAUGUCCGACUAAUUCCAUCAAAUAACUAUGAUAUUGGUUUAAUUAAGGAAUUAUUUUGCACUGCUGAACAAAUAGAAAAAUUUGUUCAUCAUGGACCCAUUGCUCACCCAACAAAAUUUCCAAAAGAUGCAUUGCCUAAAUCAUUUCCGCGCACGUUACUUCACAUUGCCAUGCCAAAUGGCGAAAAAAUUCCACGAGAUUGGCUAACGUGGAGUAAGACGAAGAAUGCACUUUACUGUUUUCCCUGCCGACUUUUCUCUAAAAUGCCAGAAAUCUAUCGAUCGGCAUUAUCUCUGCCUACAGGAUAUUCCAAGCCCAAGGAAAAUAAAUGGAAGAAACUUUAUGAAAAAUUUCCUCAUCAUCAAUCCAGCAGUGGGCAUAAGAUGUGUUAUGUAGAAUGGAGACGAUUAGAAGAAAAUCUCAGAGAUAAUACAACUAUCAAUUUUCUACUAAAUGAUAAUAUUAAGACAGAAGUGGAAAGAUGGAGGCAAAUACUUCGUAGAGUAUUAGAUGUUAUCUUGUUUUUGGGUGAAAGAGGUCUUGCAUUUAGAGGCGAUAGUCAUCUAAUUGGUGACCCCAAAAAUGGGAGUUUUUUGGGAAUUAUGGAACUCAUUGGUCAUUACGAUUCCAUUCUACAUGAUCAUCUCGAAAAAGUAAAAGCUUCUCAACAAAGCCAUAAGCGAAUGCAAGCACAUUAUUUGUCAAAUGAUAUUCAGAAUGAGUUUAUUCAGUGCUGUGCAGAUAAAGUCACAGAUGUGAUAUUAGAUGAGAGGGAGAAAUGCAAAUAUUUUUCAAUGAUUGUGGAUGCAACGCCUGAUACAGCUCAUAUUGAGCAAAAUGUUUUUAUUUUAAGAUACGUCUUACAGGACAAAUUGACAGGAAAAUAUGAGGUAAAAGAGAGAUUUCUGGAAUUUGUAGAUUGCAAUAAAAAAACUGGUGAAGAUAUUGCAAAUAUAAUUACUUCUACUCUUCAGAAACAUAAAAUACCACUGAUGUGCUGUCGUGGACAAGGAUACAACAAUGGGAGUAAUAUGAAAGGUUCAGUCAAGGGAGCACAAGCUCGAAUUCUUCAACAUUAUCCACUUGCUACUUACUCUUCCUGUGUUUGUUAUAGUCUGAAUUUAUGCGGUGCACAAGCUACUGAAUGUUGUCCUCAAGUGAUAACUUUCUUUGGGAUAGUGCAAAAACUGUAUAACAUAUUUAGUAGCAGUCCUCAAAGAUGGGAAAUUUAA